UUCUCGAACUCUCUUCCCCCUCUGAUUCCUCCCCACUCAUUCAUUCUCUCCGCCCAUCCCGAGCGGGCGGCCUCCUUCCCGUCCUACCCCCCCCACCUCAGUCUUACACCUCUUGCUUCCUGCUACUAUCUCCCUUUCCUGCAGUCAUCUGCUUUGCUUUGUGUGCACGCUGCAUCAUGAUGCAUGUGGGCUGCAUCUGGGCUCUCUCCGUGUUCCUGUCUCUGAGUUUAGGAUGGACAAAGGCUCAGCAGACCAAUUACACCAGGCCUGUGUUCUACUGUGGAGGAGACCUGGUCGCAGACUCAGGCUUCGUUGGCAGUGAGGGCUUCCCGAGCUUUUACAAACCCAACAGCAAAUGCACCUGGCGCAUCACCGUCCCGGAGGGAACCGUGGUCAUGCUCUCCUUCCGCAUUUUUGACCUGGAGGCUGACUCACAGUGUCGCUACGACUAUCUGGAUGUUUACAACGGCCAUUCCAACUUAGUGCAAAAACUAGGUCGCUUUUGUGGAACUUUCCGGCCCGGCGCUCUUAUUUCUACCACGAACACCAUGAUGCUGGAGAUGGUGUCGGAUGCAGAGACGCAGGGCAGAGGGUUUGUGGCCUAUUUCAGUGGAGCCAAACCGUAUGUAGACGACCAGCAGUUCUGUGGGGGGAAGAUAACAAAGGCCCAGGGAGAGAUCAAGACGCCCAACUGGCCUGACAAGAAAUACCCACCUGGAACCAGCUGCUCCUGGCUUAUUACUGUGGAGCCUGAUAUGGUCAUCCAUGUGAAGUUUGAUAAGUUCGUCUUGGAGGCUGACAGCUACUGUCGGUUUGACUAUGUGGCGUUCUUUAACGGUGGAGAGAAAGAUGAUUCACGCCUGAUUGGAAGAUACUGUGGCGAUCAGGUCCCACAGCCCAUUACUACCACCGGCAACGUGCUGCUGGUCCAGUUCGUGUCCGACCUCAGUGUGACAUCUGAUGGGUUCCUCGCUCACUAUACCAGCAUCCCAGCAGGUUCUCAGAUACCAACAGUUGACACAGGAGCCGGGACAAGGUCCAUCCCCCCAAAACCUGCAGUCAAACCUGCUGCAACCACUGCAAAGCCGCCUGUCCCCACCCCCAAAUACGUGCCCACUCAGAGACCCAAACCAGUCAAGCCCACGAGAGGCCGUGGGCAGGGCACCACAGGCCAGGACAGGAGGGUGGUCGCCACAAGGCCUAAUGGAAAGAGGCCUGCCGUCCCUCAAAAUCCUCUGUGCGCCAAAGCCUGUAAAAGAGAUGGAACCAUCAAGUCCAGUUUCUGUGCCAGUGAAUUUGUGAUAACCGGGAAGGUGACCUCUCUGGCCCCCGGGCCCAGAGGCACUCUCCUCGUUAGCGUCUCCCUCAUUAAAGCCUACAAGUCAGGUCGACUAACGAUCACGCAAGUUGGAGAGACCAUGUCAGUUAGGCUGGUGUCACAGUGCAAGAAGUGCCCGCUGCUCCGCAGAGGCCUCAACUUCAUUAUCAUGGGUCAAGUGGAUGAAGACGGACGUGGUACCCUGGAACCUGGUGCAUUCACUGCUCCAUACAAAGCCCCACAUCACAAAUUAUUAAUGAAUAUCAACAACCAACCCUGCUAACCUCACGUCUGUCCAGGCCAGGAAAUUCAGACAUAUCAAACAUACAAAUGCAGACAUUACAAUGUGAAAUACAUAUCCAUUAAAAGCACAAUAUAACAGUAAAACAUAACUUUGAACAUUUUAUCCUCCAUUUUAAAGGAAUACAAAUUUAUUCAAACACAUGCCAAACCUUAUAUUUGUAAUUUAUAUAUGAAUAAAGGUUUUAUAUCUCUU